AUGACAGCCGACCGAUUUCUCAUGGUCGUCUUGCGAAAAUUGCUAGUUAUGUGCGAAAUAACGAAAGCGAUGACGCCUGUGACACCGAUUGCUCGAGAAGGUGCCGCCGCCAUGACACAAACAGGCAAGAAGCUCUGCGGCGGCGCUAGUUGCUCGAAGAUGAGGGAGGCGGAGGCGGAGACGGAGACGGAGACGGAGAUGUAG